AUGUUGUAGAAACCAGAGAGCGGGGUCUGUCUCCCUAUCCCUCGGGCGGAGGGGGAGAUGGAUGGUGGCCACGACAGUGAGACCCAGGCCCUGACCGCCUCGCAGGAGGUGGCCCCGAGCCCCCUCCUGCAAGAGAGCCUCGAGGAGGACCUUGGUGCUGUAAGGGAGGAGGAGGCUGCGGAGCCCUCCAACCCUGAAAGUGCGAGGGCUUUGGCAGCCAAAACCUUGGCCCGGCGCGAGGCCCGUCUCCGUCUGGAUCAGACGGUGGCCGAGUUGGUGCAGUUUCUGCUGGUGAAGGACAGGAAGAAGAGUCCUAUCACCCUCUCCGAGAUGGUGAAAUACAUUAUCAGAGACUUAAAGGAUCUGUUCCCUGAGAUCAUCGCAAGGGCCGCAGAGCAUCUGCCGUAUGUCUUUGGUUUCAAGCUGAAACAGCUUGACCGCAAGCACCACACUUAUAUCCUGACCAACAAACUAAAACCUCUUGAGGAGGAGGGAGGAGAUGGCCCCAGACUGGGUCUUUUAAUGAUGAUGUUGGGCUUUAUCUACAUGAAAGGUAAUAGCGCCAGGGAGGCACAGGUCUGGGAGAUGCUGUGUCGGUUGAAGGUGCGUCCCUCAAAGUAUCACCCCCUCUUUGGGUGCCCGAGGAGGCUUAUUAUGGAAGAUUUCGUGCAGCUGAGAUACCUCAAUUACCGGCUUGUUUCUCACACCAAUCCACCGGCAUGUGAAUUCUCUUGGGGUCCCCGAAGCGACCUGGAAACCAGCAAGAUGAAAGUCCUGGGGUUCGUGGCCAAGCUCCAUAAGAAAGAACCCCAACACUGGCCAGUGCAGUACCGUGAGGCCCUGGCAGACGAGGCUGACAGGGGCAGUGUGAGGGCUAGGGCCAGGGCUAAUGCUAAUGCUGGGGCCGGCAUCCACCCCUGGUGAGGGCCAGCCAGAGGUGGGGCGGGGGGAAGUUGGGUAUAAAAGCUACUGUCUGAGUCAUAAGUAGACUAGGUGGGGAGAAGGUCGUUAUUUCUAUAGCAGUUGUAUUUGUGUAACUAGGAUUUAGGUUUUGUAUCUUGGUAAGUUUUGUUACGUUUAAUACACUUAAAUUCAUGUUUAUAAAUGAGAUUGGUCUACUUUUUCCUGUAGGAUUUUGUUGUAGAGUUUUGCUGCUUUUGUAAAAUUAAUUGAAAAACUUUACAUUUUAUUCUGUGAUCUUGAACAAAUUAUGCAGCACUGAAUGCUAUACUUAAAUGGUUUGAAGGAACUCACCAGUAUGAUGAUCUGGUACCAGGGAAAAAUAUAGCUGAUUGGUAUCUAGCUUUCCAACAGUUUUUGUCUACUGUGCAAAGAAAAAAGACUGACAUUUAACUCUGUUUGCUUAGUUAUUGUAGUAGCUG